UAACACUGAUAAUUAAUUUAAAAAAUGUGCUUAGUCAUUAUAUUAUAUGUUCACAUACGAGUAUAAGAGUAUGUGUGACAUUCUGACAUUUGUAUAUUUAUAUAGGUAGUUACAUGCGUUCUAAUUUAAAUGGUCUAAAUAACUAUGAAAACUUAUUACAAUCCUAUUAUUUUAGGCACGUAGUUUAAUUUUUCCGGUUGUUGGACACUUGUAGAGUGUUAACAUUGUCUUAGACGCACUGACUCAAACUAGGCAGUCAAUUUUAAAAUGUUCUUUAUACUGUACGUCGUAUUAGCAACUCAUUGCCACGCACAUGACAAUAUAUUCCCCGAAGCUUUGGUAUUUGAAGGAUUAGGCUUAUCUGACAUGGUCAAUAAUUCAAAAUCCAGUGAAAUUCGUAACAAUACCAUAAUAAUUGCAGGAGAUUUAAAUGACGCCUUGACAACCAUGAACUUCCACAGAACAAAAAUAAAUGACUACCUCUGUCGACAAUACGUAGUUGAAGAAAUAUUACAAGAUAUUACGGACGGUAAGUCAUCUGAAGGCCGAUCGAUGUCUCAAGAUAGUCACAUGAGGGGUAAAACGUCUGUAAUGCAAACCGAUCAAGGUUCAUCUGCUUACAAUGAAUGGCUGAUCAAAACAAAAUUAUUGAAAAAAAUUUAUGACGAAUAUGAUUUAAACGUUAGAAUGCACGAAAAACCCGUUGGAUUCACACUAAAAAAUGCAAAUAAUGAAAGCUUAGGAACACAUAACGAAGAUACCAUGACGAACGUAGAUGACAUGAAAGAUUUGAAAAACGUUCAUCACUCAAACGAAGAUUCAAAUCCUGGCCCCAGUGGCAGUGAAACGGUCAGUGUGGAUUUUGCACAAAGUCACUCUAUACAGUACGAUAUUGAUAAUGAAAAAGAGUACAAAAAACCAAGUCGACCGCACCAUGGACCUCCUGAUUUCAACCCUACACAAUCUACUCAACUACCUCCAUCAGCACAAGAAUCCUCUUUCCCACAAUCAUCACACGAACCACCAUCAUUUCCAAAUGACUAUGGACCCCCACCAUUAUCAAAUGAAAAACCUCCAUAUCCAUCUGAUUAUGGAACGCCAUCAUCACAGUCGUCAUAUGGGCAACCACCAACUUCUUAUGGACGACCACCGUCAUCGUAUGGAACCCCUCCGUCGUCAUAUGGACCACCUUCGUCGUCAUAUGGUCAUUCUUUUUUGCCUCCUUCAAAUUACCAUUCAUCAAAUUAUCCACAUCCUGGAUUGAUUCCACCAACUGAAAAUACAGGUUACAAUGUUCCAACUCGAGACAUCGAAACAUUAAGUCAAUCGAAUUACGAGGUACACAAUUCUAAUAGAGAACCAUUUAUACGAGGACUUACCGCAACGGAUAUGUACGAUCUAACCUUAACGGCUAUUGCAUUUUUGGGGUUCGGUACAUUUGUCAUGAAUCUAGUAAUGGAUGCGAUGGCGGUGCAAUCGGGAGCAACACUAACGCUAAACUCGUCGCCAUUACAUCACGGUGCCACUGUGUCCAGAGUCAGAAGACACAAUAUUAAUAACCCCAUAUUUUGGGAAAUAAACGAGCUGUCGUGGACCAUAGUAUCGACGCUUGACAAUAUGAUGGCAAGCGUGGACGGGACCACUGUGAAUUGCGAAGAAGCCAAAAUAUUAUGCCAAAGAUCCAAGAAACUAGUAAAAACCGGUAUAAACUUCAGUUCAAAAUUAUUGCCGGUUUGGAAUGUUGCUUUAGGAUGGCUUUCGAAGAAAUUAGGUACAGAUAAAAGUCAGCCAGUGAUAUCUGCAUUAUUAGGUCAUUGUAUUUUGCCUUCACAGUGUCAAUCAAAUUCAUGAUUUUAUCAUCUAAGUGAACAUUAAAAUAAAUAAAUACAUAUAUUAAUUUAUUGGUCUAUUUUUCUCUCCUAAACUAUAACAUACCAAUCCAAUAUGAGCAAUUUUUUAAAAAAACUGACCUCUAAACAUUCCUUCCUUUUUUUAUUUUAAUACAAUAUAUAGUACAAACUACAAAA